AUGAGUUCAGAUGAUGCUUCACGUUACUUAGAACGGCAGCGUCAAAUGGCCUCGAACGUAGUCACUGCACCGAGCACUCAUCGGCGCGCUUUACGUGAAGGUGAAUGGGCAUGCAUCGAUGCAAAAUGUGCAUACAUCAACGCAGAUCGCAUUAGUGUAUGUGAGCGUUGCGGUAAGGCUAAGCCACGUUCCAAGAACCGUGUGGGCCGUGAAAUUGGAAAAGAUGCAGCAGAAAAAUCCAAAGGACUGUUUGCUGCUGAAGAUUGGGCGUGCACAAAGUGCGGCAAUGUAAAUUGGGCGCGAAGAACAGCGUGUAAUAUAUGUAAUGCACCAAAACUAGGUGAUCUGGAAAUACGAACUGGUUAUGGUGGAGGAUAUAUGGAUCGACAAAAUGUUGAGUAUAUUGAACGAGAAGAUGACGAAGAGUUCGAUGAAUUUGGUCGUAAAAAGAAACGACGAAAAGUAGAUAAUAAAUCGGAAGAGGAGCAGAAGACCACUGAACCAGAGGAAUAUGCGAAAUACAAUGAGGGGGAAAGUGAAGAAGGGAAAGAAAAAAUUGAAGAGGUAGAAAGCGAUGUCAAAGAGGCUAUUUCUGGUGACAACGAGGAAGAGGUGGAAGAAGAGGAGGAAGAAGACGGAAAUGAUGCUGAUUUGGAUAAAUAUGAUUUAAGUGCUGAUGAAUUCGAAGUGGAAAACUUGAAGGCUAAAAUAGCAGCGCGUAAAGCUGCCCUUUCAUCUUCAGAAACUCAGAUAAAGAGCGAAUCAAGGUGUUCGUCAGAUUGCUCAUGUUCAUGCAGUGGCGGUGAGUGCUCGUGUGAAGAAAGUGAAAGUGAAGAUGAACGCAAACGUUCAAGUCGGGACUUUGAACGUGAGAAAGAAAAAGGUGAUACACGAAGUAAAGAUCGUGAUUCAACUCGUGAUAAAGAAAAAGAAAAAGAACGAGAUCGUGAACGUAGAGAUGAACGUAAUAGCAAAGAUGAACGGGAAAAAAGCCGGUACGGGCAACGCAAUAGUCAGUGCAAAGAAAGUUCACCACGUCGAUAUCACAGUUCAUCGGUGCAUCGAGAUAAAGGUCGACGUUGA